UCUUGGAGAGGUGGAGGUGGACGCCCCGUGCCGGGUUCGAGCCGGAGCGCGCGUCUUGAGGGGCGGUUGGAGACUGGCAUGGCCCCCAGAGGGCUGGUCCUGGGGCUGCCUCUGCUGCUUCUCCAGGUGGUGCUGAUGCUCCAGACGCCCGCUCUGUCCUCCUCUGACUAUCAAUACUUUGGGGAGCACAGCACAGGGGACACGUGGGAGCAGCUGCGCCUGCAGAGGCAGGACAAAGAAGUGCUGGACUCCAUCCUCGGUCCCUGGGGACCUUGGCACUGUCACUGCGGCCUGGGCAAGCAAGAGCGCAGCCGCGAGGUGCAGGGCAGCGCCCCGGGCCCAGUGUUCCUACAGCUGGAGGAGCUCGUUCAGGUGCGGCCUUGCCGGAUUCGGGACUGCCUCAACUGCGAACCGAGCGACUGUGACUGGCAGCCCUGAGUUGGGGGUGUGCAGCGCUCCUGGGACCCCCGCCCC